CCUUAUAAAAGAUGCCUUUGAGUUUCAACUAAGUAUGUCAUAUUGAGAUGAACCCAAAAAUAAUGGGUAGUGUUAAGAAUCCUGCAGAUCAACCUGAGCCAAGAGACACUUACAAGAUUGCUUACAUUAUACAUUUCUUGCUUGGUGCUGGCAAUUUACUCCCUUGGAAUGCUUUCAUCACAGCCGUUGAUUAUUUCGGCUUUCUCUAUCCAACCAAGCAUGUUGAGAAGGCUUUCUCUGUGGCUUACAUGAGUUCUUCAGUGCUAGUUCUGUUUCUGAUGCUGAUUUGGGGUAGCUGCUUUGGGAAGUUGAGUUCAAGGCUCACACUUAACUUGGGAUUUUCUAUGUUUGUUGUCUCUUUAAUGGUGCCUCCAGUAAUUGACUGGGCAUGGUGCACUGGUUCUAGUGAGAGGAGCAAUGGAACUUAUGUUGUGACAGUUGCAUCAGUCGCAAUAUGUGGUUUAGCAGAUGGGUUAGUAGCCGGAAGCUUGAUGGGAUCAGCUGGCAGGCUUCCAAAACAGUACAUGCAAGCUGUUUUUGCUGGAACUGCAUCUUCGGGCGUUCUAGUGUCAAUCUUGAGGAUUUCAACAAAAGCAUUGCUUCCACAGAACCAGAAGGGUCUUAGGACAAGUGCCCACUUAUAUUUCCUUGUCAGCACUAUAAUCCUCUUGUGUUGUGUCGUCUGUUGUAACUUGUUAUACAAGUUACCUGUCAUGCAGCAACACUUCAGGCUUCUACAAGAUGACGACCCAUUUUGUUUAAGGCCGCAAAUACGGGGUGUGGCACGAAAGAUCAGGUGGGCGGCCUUCGGAAUCUUCACAACCUAUAUAGUGACUUUGUCGAUUUUCCCAGGAUUCAUAGCCGAAAAUUUGGAGUCCAAGUUUCUGAAAGAUUGGUAUCCCAUUUUGCUGAUCACAGCGUACAACAUUGCAGACUUAGUGGGCAAGUCUUUGACUGCAGUUUAUAUCCUGCAGAAUUUAAAGAAAGCAACUUGGGCUUGCAUUGCCAGACUAGUAUUCUAUCCUCUCUUCACUGCUUGUCUCCAUGGACCAACAUGGCUGAAAACCGAGAUUCCGAUGGUGUUUCUGACAUUCAUGCUUGGACUGACCAAUGGGUACUUGACAAGUGUCAUGAUGAUUCGGGUUCCAAAGUCGGUACCAGUUUCAGAAGCAGAACUAUCUGCAAUUGUGAUGAUUGUGUUCCUGGGACUUGGGUUGGUUGGUGGCUCGGUUCUUGGUUGGUUCUGGAUCAUUUGAGCCUUGUUCUUAGAUUAGACGAGCUUAAUGAAAUGAAAAAAUAGAGUUGAAGUAGGUUCCAAUUAGAAAGAGUUAGUUGUAUGUGAUGCAAAAAGAGAAAUCAAUCUGAAGUAUGUGUUA